AUGGGGUCAAAGCGAAGUGUACCAUCAAGGCGCCGUUCUCUCACCGCCUAUGAAGUCAUGUUUGCAGUUCUCUUUGUCAUAUUGGUGGCGCUCUGUGCUGGAUUAAUUGCCGUGUCCUGGCUGUCAAUCCAGGGAUCAGUAAAAGAUGCAGCAUUUGGAAAAAGUCAUGAAGCCAGAGGGACGUUGAAAAUAAUAUCCGGAGCUACUUACAAUCCUCAUUUGCAAGACAAACUCUCAGUGGACUUCAAAGUUCUUGCUUUUGACAUUCAGCAAAUGAUAGAUGAUAUCUUUCAAUCAAGUAAUCUGAAAAAUGAAUAUAAAAACUCAAGAGUUUUACAAUUUGAAAAUGGCAGCAUUAUAGUCAUAUUUGACCUUCUCUUUGACCAGUGGGUGUCAGAUAAAAAUGUAAAAGAAGAACUGAUUCAAGGCAUUGAAGCAAAUAAAUCCAGCCAACUGGUCACUUUCCACAUUGACUUGAACAGCAUUGAUAUCACAGAAAAGCUAACAACCAGCAUUCCUGUGGCAACCCCAGGAAAUGUCUCAACAGAGUGCCCACCUGAUUCGAGGUUGUGUGCUGAUGCUCUAAAGUGCAUAGCAAUUGAUUUAUUUUGUGAUGGAGAAUUAAACUGUCCAGAUGGCUCUGAUGAAGACAAUCAAACUUGUGCCACAGCUUGUGAUGGAAGAUUUUUGUUGACUGGAUCUUCUGGAUCCUUUGAGGCUCUCCAUUAUCCCAAGCCUUCUAAUAAUACAAGCGCUGUUUGUCGGUGGAUUAUACGUGUAAACCAAGGACUUUCCAUUCAACUGAACUUCGAUUAUUUUAAUACAUAUUAUGCAGAUGUAUUAAAUAUUUAUGAAGGAAUGGGUUCAAGCAAGAUUUUAAGAGCUUCUCUCUGGUCAAAUAAUCCUGGCAUAAUUAGGAUUUUUUCCAAUCAAGUUACUGCCACUUUUCUUAUACAAUCUGAUGAAAGUGAUUAUAUUGGCUUCAAAGUAACAUACACUGCAUUUAACAGCAAAGAGCUUAAUAAUUAUGAGAAAAUCAACUGUAAUUUUGAAGAUGGCUUCUGUUUCUGGAUCCAGGAUCUAAAUGAUGACAAUGAGUGGGAAAGGACUCAGGGAAGCACCUUUCCUCCAUCUACUGGACCAACUUUUGACCACACUUUUGGCAAUGAGUCAGGAUUUUACAUUUCCACCCCAACUGGACCAGGAGGAAGACGAGAAAGAGUAGGACUUUUAACUCUCCCUUUAGAUCCCACUCCUGAACAAGCCUGCCUUAGUUUCUGGUAUUAUAUGUAUGGUGAAAAUGUUUACAAACUAAGCAUUAAUAUCAGCAGUGACCAAAACAUGGAGAAGACAAUUUUCCAAAAAGAAGGAAAUUAUGGACCAAAUUGGAACUAUGGACAAGUAACAGUAAAUGAAACAGUGGAAUUUAAGGUUGCUUUCUAUGGGUUUAAAAACCAGAUCCUGAGUGAUAUAGCAUUGGAUGACAUUAGCCUAACAUAUGGGAUUUGCAAUGUGAGUGUCUACCCAGAACCAACUUUAGUCCCAACUCCUCCACCAGAACUUCCCACGGACUGUGGAGGGCCUCAUGACCUGUGGGAGCCAAAUACAACAUUCACGUCUAUAAACUUCCCAAACAACUACCCUAAUCAGGCUUUCUGUGUUUGGAAUUUAAAUGCACAAAAGGGAAAAAAUAUUCAGCUUCACUUUCAAGAAUUUGACCUGGAAAAUAUUGCAGAUGUAGUUGAAAUCAGAGAUGGUGAAGGAGAUGAUUCCUUGUUCUUAGCUGUGUACACAGGCCCUGGUCCAGUAGAGGACGUGUUCUCAACCACCAACCGAAUGACUGUGCUUUUUAUCACUGAUAAUAUGUUGGCAAAACGGGGAUUUAAAGCAAAUUUCACUACUGGCUAUGGCUUGGGGAUUCCAGAACCCUGCAAGGAAGACAAUUUUCAGUGCAAGAAUGGGAAGUGUAUUCCGCUGGUGAAUCUCUGUGACGGUUUUCCACACUGUAAGGAUGGCUCAGAUGAAGCACAUUGUGUGCGUCUCUUCAAUGGCACGACAGACAGCAGUGGUUUGGUGCAGUUCAGGAUCCAAAGCAUAUGGCAUGUAGCCUGUGCUGAGAACUGGACAACCCAGAUCUCAGAUGAUGUGUGUCAGCUGCUGGGACUAGGGACUGGAAACUCAUCCGUGCCAACCUUUUCUACUGGAGGUGGACCAUAUGUAAAUUUAAACACAGCACCUAAUGGCAGCUUAAUACUAACGCCAAGCCAACAGUGCUUAGAGGAUUCACUGAUUCUGCUACAAUGUAACUAUAAAUCAUGUGGGAAAAAACUGGUGACUCGAGAAGUUAGCCCGAAGAUUGUCGGAGGAAAUGACUCCAGAGAAGGAGCCUGGCCUUGGGUCGUUGCUCUGUAUUUCGACGAUCAACAGGUCUGCGGAGCUUCUCUGGUGAGCAGGGAUUGGCUGGUGUCGGCCGCCCACUGCGUGUACGGGAGAAAUAUGGAGCCGUCUAAGUGGAAAGCAGUGCUAGGCCUGCAUAUGGCAUCAAAUCUGACUUCUCCUCAGAUAGAAACUAGGUUGAUUGACCAAAUUGUCAUAAACCCACACUACAAUAAACGGAGAAAGGACAAUGACAUCGCCAUGAUGCAUCUUGAAAUGAAAGUGAACUACACAGAUUAUAUACAGCCUAUUUGUUUACCAGAAGAAAAUCAAGUUUUUUCCCCAGGAAGAAUUUGUUCUAUUGCUGGCUGGGGGACACUUAUAUAUCAAGGUUCUACUGCAGACGUACUGCAAGAAGCUGACGUUCCCCUUCUAUCAAAUGAGAAAUGUCAACAACAGAUGCCAGAAUAUAACAUUACGGAAAAUAUGGUGUGUGCAGGCUACGAAGCAGGAGGGGUAGAUUCUUGUCAGGGGGAUUCAGGCGGACCACUCAUGUGCCAAGAAAACAACAGAUGGCUCCUGGCUGGCGUGACGUCAUUUGGAUAUAAGUGUGCACUGCCUAAUCGCCCAGGGGUGUAUGCCCGGGUCCCAAGGUUCACAGAGUGGAUACAAAGUUUUCUACAUUAGAGUGUUUCCAGAAGCAAAGAUGAAAAUCAGGCAGUUUUCCCAUUUCACUUUAAGAAGCAUGGAAAUUGAGAGUUAAAAAAAAAAAAUCAUUUAUAAAAGUCUUGAUUAUUACCUAAGCCACUGAAAUGCUACAGGAAAAAAAAAAAGCAAAAACUAAUCUUUACAAUACAAAGUAACUAUAAAAUAAUAAAUUCUGAUUUUAUUGUAAACAGUUAUUCUUUCACAGACAUCAUUAUUUCCUUUGUUCUUAAUCAUUAUUUUUAUCGUAUUCUCUUAUUUAAAGAAAUUAUAUUUUAAAUCAUGUAAUAUAAUGUUUAAGCAAAGUUAGGAAGAGACAUGAAAUAAACUUUUACACAAAGUAUGGUAUUGUUUGAAAUAGAUUGCUAUAAGUUAUCUAAUUCCAGGAUAGGUCACUAUUAUCAGCAUCUCAAUAAUUUCGCUGUUUUUCUAUCCAAAUGCAUUUUCAAUCCAUCUUGAAUACAUCCCUAAUAUUUUCCCCAUAAUAUAUAUUUAUUGUAAGCUCAUGUCACAAGCCUGGACUAAACUGAUUGUACAAUCCUCUCAAAUAAGCUAGUUUAACAGCAAACUAGCACAAGUCUAUAUAUUGCCCUUGCAUCAAAAUAAAAGCUAAAGUAAUUAACAUUGUCUUUCUCUCAUCAGAUCAUUUUUACUUGGAUUAUUAUAUCACAGUCCAUUUAUUUCAAGCUGGCAUUUUCUUGGGUUUACAAAAAUUAUCAAUCAUAUCAAAGAGAUACAAGUAUUACAAACGUGGGUUUUCUCUGACAGAUGUGUUUAUACUGGGUAUGUCUAACAUGUCCAAAGCUUAUUUAGACACAGCUGAAUUGCCCAUUACAAGGCCAAAAAUGUAGAAUAAAUGCAUUUGUUCCACAGCUUUAAUCUCUUGGAUCACUUCCAAAGUACAAACUUCAAUAUAGCUCACCCCACAAAAUCUACUGAUUUAUUCAGAAAGAAAAAAUUUAUACAAAUUAAUACAAAUACACACACACACACACACACACACCACAUUCUUACAUGGGUCUGUAUGGUCCAAAGUAAUAGAAAAGUUUCAAGCAGUUGAAAGAAGAGAUCCAUCAGUUCAUACCUGUUUUAUGGAAGAAAGGAGACUUGGGCUAGACCUGAGUGAAUAGUUGUUACUGAUGGACUAAAAAGGCAUUGGCAUACAUAGGUCACUCCCAUGUAGGUGGGAGUGACCCUGAAAGCUCAGAGAGAAGGGACAGUAGACAAUCAUGAACUGUCCUAGUAAAAGGUGUUCUCUCUGGGCAAUGGUCAGAGAAAGGGAAAACAAGGUCAUAACAAGAAGGUAUGGCCAGAUGAUAGAGGACUACAAAUUCAUGGAGUUUAUUAUUAGAACAAAAAUUGGGAGUCCUUGAACACACUGUUCUUUCUAAGACCUUUCCAAUGACCUGUUCCUAAUAGAAAGGAUAAAGUGAUUAGGAAGGAUGGAGCAUCAAGGGUAGAGUGUGUUAUUUGAUUUUAUUCCCCAAAUAUUGUUCCACAAAUGUUUCACCUGCAUUUCAAAAUAUUUAUUAGAAGUAUGUUCUGUAUAAUAGGCUCCAGUUUCAUCCACCUCAUUAGAAC